AAUUGAAUGAGACCAUUUGUCCUCAUUUAUCAAUCACCAAGAAAAGAAAAAAAAAAGAAAAAACGAGAGGCAAAGACGAGCGAAAGAGAUCAAGCGAACGGAUUCGACAAGCCACACGAUUUUCCCUGUCAUAUCUCUUGCCUCUCGUUUCAUUUUCACGCAAACUUCAUUGGAUAAUCAUCGGAUAAAAUCAAAACCCAUUUCAAAUUCAUACUCUCAACUGGGAAAGCCCGAGCUUCAAAUACUGACUCGCGCCACACUCGGCUAAUUCUGACUCUGGAGAUUGAAUUUCAGAAAACCCAUUUGACGCGCGUGUCAUCAAAUUGAAUGGGUUAUCAGUUCUUAUCGAAAAGGGUUGUGUUUUUGGUUCGUGGGUUUGUUUGAGUUCGGAGAUUGCGAUGCUCUAUUGCUGAGAUCGUCUGCAUUUUCAAUCGUUCAGCAGAAGAUGAAAAUUUGGUGAAUCCCUUUGUGGGUUUCGUUGGUGCGAGAAUGUUGCCCCUCUGCUCAGCCACACCAAACUACUCUUUUCAUUCUCGGAUUCCAACCCAUGGAGGACACCAGCCCAUUUUUUCAUCUUGGAAGGUUUUUGAGAUCAAAUGCAUUGUAGAAGACAAGAUUACUUUUGGCUUGUCAAAUGAUACCCAUUUUCAGGGAGUUUCUUUCAAAACACAAGCUACAAGUUCUUUCUUUUCUAAUUUCACUGGAAACACUGAACAAUCAAGUUUCACUGGUUUCAUUAACAUGCCUUCCAGUCCUAGUAAAUUAGAUGACUAUGAAUGCAUAUUUUCAAAUAAGUGGAGCUAUCCAGUGGGGUCUUUAAGUGAACCAAAUUCUGCUGGAAGGGGAGAUCUGAAAUUCAUUGAAAGUUCUGGUGUAUUUGCUGUGGGAGAUGAGUUUGCAGGCUUGACGGACCAGUUGCCUGAAAGCAAUAGUAAUUUAUCAAUAGGUGCUGAUCCUGAAAUCAUAUCAACUAUUGAUGCUGUUCCAGAUAGUCCUGCAUUGGGUUCUGAUUCCUUGGGCAUGGAUGGUGAUUCAUUAUCUAAUUUGAAAACAAAUGUGGAAGACCUUUAUAGAGCAAUUAAUGAGUCCAUAGGUUCUUCAGCCAAUAAAGGAGAAAACAUUGUCAAAAGCUUGUUAGAUGUGGGUAAUUCAUCUCUAACAUUGGCUAUCAAGAAUGCCACUGAAGCAGUUGAUAAUGCUGUCAAUGAACUGCUUUCAACUGUUGAUCAAGCAAAAGAAUUUGCUGGUAAUGUAUUAACAAGCUGGUCAAGCAACUUAAAGGAUGCAACGAGCAAUGCAGGUGUUAUUGCUGUUGAUGUUUUGAGACAGACAAUUGUUGCAGUUGAGUAUUCUUUAACAAAUGGGGCUACAUAUGUUGUUUAUUCUUAUGGGUUUGUUAAGGAGCUGCUUCCUCCAGAUAUCCAUAACCUAUUUAAUUUGACUGAAGAGCGAGCAAUAGAAAUAUUGAGGCCUGCUGGGACAGCACUUCAACAGGUUUAUGUUGCUAUUGAGGGGCUGGAGAGAGGCCUUGGUUUGGAUCCCAGUGAUCCAAUAGUUCCAUUCAUUCUUCUUGUUGGAACAUCAGCCACUUUAUGGGUCUUUUAUUGGGUAUCGAUACAUGGUGGCUACUCGGGUGAUUUAUCACCUUUGUCAACUUUGGAGCUCUUGUCUGGGAAGGAGAGUGUCGCACUUAUUGAUGUCCGAUCUGAGGAUCUGAGAGAAAGAGAUGGUAUUCCUGAUCUUCGACGAGCAGCUCGGUUUCGAUAUGCAAACGUUACUCCACCUCAGUUAGAUGGCCCUGUACAAAAGUUAUUGAAAAAUGGAAGAGAGCUUGAUGAUGCUUUGCUUGCUGUUAUCAUUCGGAACUUAAAGAUUGUUCAAGACAGGUCUGGGGUCAUUGUUAUGGAUGCGGAUGGUACUCGUUCCAGAGGCAUUGCAAGAUCCUUGAGGAAACUUGGGGUUAAGAAACCAUACCUGGUCCAAGGUGGCUUUCAGUCUUGGGUGAAACAGGGCCUCCGAAUUAAGGAGCUCAAACCUGAAACUGCCCUUAGUAUACUUAAUGAGGAAGCUGAGGCAAUCCUGGAGGAUAUCAGUCCUACACCUCUGAAACUGCUUGGGUAUGGUGUGGGCUUCAUUGCAGCUGUAUAUGCAUUAUUAGAGUGGGAGAUUACGCUACAAUUUAUUGGCAUUGUUGGCCUUGGUCUGACUAUAUACAGGAGGUUGUCUUCCUAUGAGAACUCCGAAGAUUUUAAACAAGAUUUGAGGGUGUUGCUUGCUCCUGCUAGACUCGGAGCUCAAGCAUUUUCAUGGGCAGCUGGGAAAUUAGAAACGAAUGGCAUCGGACUCCCAACUUCACCUUCAUCUGCAGAUGUUCAAAACCGGGUGUUGCAGGCAGCUGCAAAACAUGAAUCUCAACCAUCUGAUAUCGAGGAAUUCAAAGACCCAAUUCCCGAAUCGGCAGUUCCUGUCAAUGACAAUGUGGAUCUCUCGGAAGCAUGAGGUUUAAGAUUCUUCUCUUGCAGUGUAUCAUCUCAAUUUGAGCCACUUGGGUCAAUUGUGUAACCACAGAACAUAACUCUACACAUUGCUAUGUAACUUAAAUGAGAUGCAACCGUUUGGUGUCGAAAAACGCGAGUUUUGCUCACUGAACUAUUGAUUCCAGUUGGCAGGAGUAGAAAUGUUUGCAGUGUGCAGUUUGCAGUUUGAGACGACACUUGUGGUAAAAUUAAUCUCAGAAUGCUGGAAUUUUGCCAA